CAAACCGCUCCCUCCCUAGCCCACCAUGGCGUCAGCAAUUGCUCAGCAGGCGGUGGCCGUGUGCAGCGCCCCGGCCCAGCGCCAGGCGCCCAGGGCAUCUGCUAAGGCCUUUGUUGGCGCCUCCGUGCAGCGCAAGCACGCCUUCCUGGGCCGCAGCAUUGUUCAGAGCAGCAGCAAGCAGCAGCAGGGCGCCUCCCGCUCUGCUGCCCUCAAGGUGUUCGCUGUGCGCGAUGGAACACCGCUGGACCGGCCCCUGCGCGUCGCCGUGAUCGGCGGCGGCCCCUCGGGCGCCUGCUGCGCGGAGUCCCUGGCCAAGGGCGGCGUGGAGGCCUUCCUGAUUGAGCGCAAGAUGGACAACUGCAAGCCGUGCGGCGGCGCCAUCCCCAUCUGCAUGGUGGAGGAGUUUGACCUGCCCAUGGAGAUCAUCGACCGCCGCGUGACCAAGAUGAAGAUGAUCUCCCCCUCCAACCGCGAAGUGGAUGUGGGCAAGACGCUCAACGACAAGGAGUGGAUCGGCAUGUGCCGCCGCGAGGUGUUUGACGACUUCCUGCGCAAGCGUGCCGCCAAGCUGGGCGCCAACGUGAUCAACGGUCUGUACAUGGGCAUGGAGCAGCAGGGCGACGGCCCCAUCACCCUGCGGUACAACAAGUACAACGAGGGCGACAAGGUGGGCACCCCCAGCACGCUGGAGGUGGAUGUGGUGAUUGGCGCCGACGGCGCCAACAGCCGCGUGGCCAAGGACAUUGAUGCGGGAGAGUACGACUACGCCAUCGCCUUCCAGGAGCGCAUCCGCAUCCCCGAGGACAAGAUGGAGUACUACAAGGACCUGGCCGAGAUGUAUGUGGGCGACGACGUGUCCCCAGACUUCUACGGCUGGGUGUUCCCCAAGUACGACCACGUGGCGGUGGGUACCGGCACCGUGGUCAACAAGACCGCGAUCAAGCAGUACCAGCAGGCCACGCGGGACCGCGCCAAGGUCAAGACCGAGGGCGGCCAGAUCAUCCGCGUGGAGGCGCACCCCAUCCCCGAGCACCCCCGCCCGCGCCGCGUCAAGGGCCGCGUGACCCUGGUCGGCGACGCCGCCGGCUACGUGACCAAGUGCUCGGGCGAGGGCAUUUACUUUGCGGCCAAGAGCGGGCGCAUGGCGGGCGAGGCGCUGGUGAAGGCGUCGGAGGGCGGCAAGAAGAUGGCGGGCGAGCGCGCGCUGCGCAACUACCUGGACGAGUUUGACCGCAAGUACUGGGCCACCUACAAGGUGCUGGACAUCCUGCAGAAGGUGUUCUACCGCUCCAACCCGGCCCGCGAGGCGUUUGUGGAGAUGUGUGAGUCCAACUACGUGCAGAAGAUGACCUUCGACUCGUACCUGUACAAGACGGUCGUGCCCGGCAACCCGCUGGAUGACGUCAAGCUGCUGGUGGACACGGUGGGCUCGCUGCUGCGCUCCAACGCGCUGCGCGCCAAGGACUCCAAGUCCGUCAACGUCAGCUUUGGCAGCAAGAGCAACGAGGAGAAGGUGAC